UUCAUUUCUCCCAGGGCCCCGCCUUCAGCACAUAGUGCCAUGAGUGUCCAGAGGUUGCAAGGAGUGUCAACACCGAAUACGGCACCGUAAGUCAUGCUUUCCCGAUCUAAGUUUAACCCAAAACUUCUCCAAACCCAGUAUUACCCAGAACUUUCCCAGUCUUACCCAGCACAUCCCCAACCCCAGUAUAACCCAGCAGAGAGUGCUAUCCCCGAGCAGGAGAGAGACAUGGCAGAUGCAAUGAGAACCAAGCUGACCCAAUACACCCCGGGCUCACUCCUGGCUCUGGCCAAUACUCACGGCUUCCAGCGAGUCUCCAUUCAGCUCUUUGGCUUCUAUGGACACGGCAAGUCUUCCCUGAUUAACCUGUGUGUGAGUGUCCUGCGGAACCAGCCCUACCAGAACUUCGCAGGGUCGGGAUGGUCCGAUGGUUCCGUCAUACGUGAGAGACGCGACUUCCCCCUCACUAACACCGUCUGCAUCACCGACAACCGCGGCUUCAUCAGCCUCGACCAAGGGGAGAUCACUGAGGCCUCUGCCCAGCUCAGGGGCCUGCGGUUGGUGGAUGAAUCGGUGAAUUGGGACCGGAAUAUGGAGGAAAAACUGGAGUUUCUGGUACAAAGAUGUCACACUCCCCCCACUGAUUUUGUUCUUCCGCUCAUUGUGUACAGGGGCACAAUGAAUCUCACCACAGAACAAUCGGAUCAUAUGAAAAACUUCAUUGUGAGGAGCUUCGCGGUCACAGGGGUGUUCCCCAUCGUUGUGCUGAUUGAGUCUGGUGAGAGCCAGGAGAAGAUCAGCAAUAACUUCCACAUGUUGGGCGCCAGCUAUGUCUUUGCUUUGCAGAAGUUCCAGAUGGAGCAGCCUGAGCGCGACAAUGAGACUGACGUGGAGAUUCUAAACAUCCUCACUGCUUGUCUUGAUGAGGCUGAUAGGGGUAUCAAGAAACGGCAGAGGCUGGGCAGGGAGGUGGAGUUCAGGCGCCAGGUCCAAGAACAGAUAAUGGUGGAGUUGGAGUUGGAGAGGGAGAAGGUGAGGCAGAGGGUGAGAGAGGAGAUCAAGCAGGAACAGGACAAAACCUCAGUCACCCCCACUAUUGUUUCUCUAGCAACUGACUAGAUUUACUUGGGCACCUUGUUGGCACAUUGGCCAGGGGCUGUUUUAGUGACAGGUAACUGAUGGGGGGUAUUUAUUGCUUCCCACCUCCAACGUGCACAAUGAAUGGACUGUGAGUCAUUAGGUUUGGCCCAUUAUUUGCCCAAGUUCUACUUACCCCUCAUUAGAAUUGCUCUGUGUAUGUCCCAUAUGGAUGUUGUUGUGCCAGAAAUGCAUAUAAAGUGCUGAUCAGAUAAAUAAAUUGUUUGUCCUUAA